AUGCAUCUUUCUCAGAUCUUGACUGCUACAACAGCAUUGUACAGUUUAUCUCAGGCUCAGCCUAUAACGACAAUUGCCGACAUCAAAGAUAAAGCUACCUUCACCAUUGGUCAAAUUCUCAACACCAAUGCAACUGCCCAACACCCUGCACAAAGGCUUCUAAAUGUAUAUGCAAAGUAUGCAAAAGCAGGAGCAUCAGCCCCGAGCGUGGUCAGAAAAGCAGCAGCUUCAGCAAUGGCUUCGGGAACAGUUACAAACACACCAGAAGAGCCUAUGGAUGCAAUGUAUCUCUGCCCCGUCAAUGUUGGAGGCAAGACACUAAACCUCGACUUUGACACUGGCAGUUCUGAUCUCUGGGUUUACUCGAACCUGCAACCAUCGGCUCAGCGAUCUGGUCAUGAUUAUUACACAGCCAACAAUGCAAAGCUGAUGAAUGGAUACACCUGGAACAUCAAGUACGGCGACGGCACAGGAGCAAGCGGCAAAGUCUAUGCCGACAAAGUGGUCGUCGGAGGCGUGACCGCAACUUCCCAAGCCGUCGAAGCCGCAACCUCAGUCUCGUCAGGUCUCACCUCCAAUACCGACAGCGACGGCAUGCUGGGGCUAGCAAUGUCCAACCUCAACACCAUAUCUCCAAAAUCACAAACCACCUUCUUCGACACCGUCAGACCCCAACUCGCCAAGCAAGUCUUUACCGCAAACCUCAAAAGNGGAGCACCAGGCACCUACGACUUUGGCUGGAUCGAUCCUGCAAAGUACACAGGUAGCAUCACCUACGUACCUCUCAACACCAACAACGGAUUCUGGCAAUUCAACGUGGGAGGCUAUGCAAUCGGCAGCAAUCCCAAGGUAACCAAGACCAUCAGUUGUGUAGCCGACACAGGAACAACCCUGAUGCUUCUCCCUUCCGAUGUGGUCUCCGCCUACUACGCCAAAGUCCCCGGUGCCUCUUUCAGUAACUACCAAGGCGCUUGGGUUUUUCCCUGCAAUGCUGCAAUGCCUUCUUUCAGCACCGUCAUCGGUGGCAACAAAUUCACCGUCCCAGGCUCUUACAUCAAUUUUGCAAACUUGGGCAACAAUGUUUGUUAUGGAGGCUUGCAAUCUGAUACUGGUAUCGGGUUCUGCCUCCUCGGAGACGUGUUNUUGAAAUCUCAGUUUGUGGUGUUUUCGCAAAUGUCUAGCACACCGCAGUUGGGCUUUGCUGCAAAGAAGUUGUAG